GACGGUCCUUAGGAAGCCACCUUGGUAUAGAUUCGUCAUAACUCUUUGUACACAAUUACCUAUUUAUCUAUGCAACUGGGGUUUGUGUCUAAACUGAGAACAGAUACGUGGGUAUUCAAUUAUUUUGAUCCUGACAUCUAAGGGCUCCUAAUUGAAAUUCUUGUGUUUUGUGUGAUUGUACUGAACGAUGGGGAAAGCAAACAACUGCACAUUCAUGGGAGGUGGGAUUCCUCUGUCAUCUGAGUUCUUUAAAGUGAUCAAGAAUGAUCUCUGGCUGUUCCUCCUUCCUGCUGUGUUUGCUGUGCUUAUUCUUGCUCUCUUCAUGGAGGAGAUUGGCUUUUUUCUGCGUCAUGUCCCCUCUCAGCGGCGUAGAUGUCUCAGCCUGUGGAUCCUGGGAAUAUAUCCAGUCUUCGGGAUGACGUCUAUCAUUGCACUAUAUGUUCCACGCUCCUCAUUUCUGUGCAAUUUCAUUGCAUCUCUUUAUCACUCCAUUACACUCUUGAAGUUCAUGGGUCUUAUCAAAGACUUCUUCGGUGGAAAGACUCGGAUGCUGGAAAUGUUAGCAGGGGAGCAGGUGUCUCCAAACCCCUUCCCUUGCUGUUGCUGCUGCUGUCUUCCUCUCUUCAACAUCAACGAGACCAGCGUGGGCUGGAUGAUGGCUGCUGUUCUUCAGCUCUCUGUGGUCAGAACAGUCCUGUUCUUCCUCACUCUUGUCCUCUGGACUGAUGAGCAAUAUGAUUAUGGGGUUGUGAAUUCAGGUAAUCUCAACAUGUAUGUCAAUGCCAUCAUUGCCAUAUCCACGUUUCUGUCUUUCUAUGGCUACUUGCUGUUUUAUAAAGCCACAAAAAAAGCAUUGCCUGGAUAUGGUCUUCGAGCCAAGUUUAUUUGCAUCAUUGUCAUCCUGGUCCUUUGUGGACUACAGAGUGGAAUUUUGGAGACCAUGGGUGCCCUGAAUGUCAUCCCCUGCACUCCUCCCUUCUCUGAUCUGUUUCGAUCUCAAUUAAUUUACCACUAUUGUGUACUUGUGGAGAUGUUCUGCAUCAGCCUCUUUGCACAUCACACAUUCCGGAAAGUUGAACCCUGUCAUGACGAGGCUGAAGAAAUAGAAGUUGAUGUCCUAAGAGUUCUCAAUGAAAAGGCAAUUCAGACAGAAGAUGAGCUGCCAAUCGCUGUGCAGCUCUCCUCUCAAGAAGACGAUCCAUGCUAUUCUAACCUCGGAUACAAUAGUGACAGUGAAGACAGCCUCUGUAAAAUUGAACACGCACCACUGGACCGCUUCCCCUUCCCCUUACAGCACAAAAUGCAAACUGUGGCGAACACUGAGAAAGUGUGUACUACACCAUCUGAAGACGCCAUGAGUGUGGACCGGCCGACAAUUACUGUCAGUGCUGAAAUUAACCAUGUUAACAAUGGUGAUGUUACUGUUGUAUAGAAGAAAAUGAGAGAAAAAAAUGUAUAUGUUUGUAUAGAUGUGACAUUAUGCGAUUUUAUAUGAUUUUAUACUCCACUGGGGCCAGGAAACUAAAUUAAGGUAUUUAAAAGUGAAGUGUAAUGAAAUGUAAAUCUCACCAGCAUAACAAGCAUAACAAUUGUUUUUCUUUGUAAUCUCUAAUUCAGUACCUUAAGUUUAAUGUUAAAUUCACUAUUUACAUGUACUGUUUAGCACAUUUUUAUAAAAAGUACACAGUGAUUUAUGAUAUAUAGGUAAAAAAAAAAAAAAAAAAAAAGCUACAUACCGCUAUUUACAAGUGGUUAAAUUGUGGAUGCUGUCGAGUUAACAUUUGAAACUAUAAAACCUAAAGACGAACCAGGGUAGACUCAAUACUGAAUUUACUCAAGUCAAAAAUUAAAUAUGACACAAUCCUGGCGAUUUCUUGGCCGAUUAAUUUUUUUGCAGACACUUCACGAUU